AAAAAAAAAUCAGUUGUUUUGUGUUGAGGAUAUAUACGAAACGGGAUUACAUAUUCAAAUCAGUUAAUUUGUACCUUUCUUUUUCUUCGGUUUUAAUUGAUCAUCAGCCAUUCAGAAAAAUUUGUUACUGCUGUUGACACAUACACACACAGAGAGAGAGAGAGAUGUGCAUUUAAUUAAAACCAAUCUGUGCAUAGUCACACGCAAAAAAAUACGCCAAUCGAGAGAAAAAAACAAAUAAAGAAAAAAAGAACAAUAAUAUCAUAAAAUGGAUUUAUCAUGGGCAAAUGUGUGAUAGUGAAUACGAAGCUUGUUUGCAUUUGUCAUUGAUGGACUUUAUUAGAUUUACGGUAUUUCUCUUGUCGUCGCUGUCGCCGUCAUCGACGUUGUUGUUUUUUUUAUUGACGGACAUAUCAAACGUAAAUACAUGCAUAGGAUGAUCGCAUUGUGUAAAUGAUUAUUAUUGGUGUAUCUUUGGGCCAACAUUGUGGUGGUCAUCGUCGUCGUCAUCCGUCAUUGUCGAUUUACUUAAUCGCCUGUGCUAAUAUUAUUAAACGAAUUCAUUAUCACUCAUAAAAAUCAAUGUGUUUAACACACCAAUUUGCACAUAUACAAAUAAAAACGUAACAAAAAAAAAGAGAAUUAGUGUCGCACUAGGAAUUAUACUGUUUACAAAAACAACCGAAGAGAAAGGGAGAGAUUGGGUGAGAAGGGAGAUGAAAAGAAAAAUAUGAAAAACAAUUACUUCAGAAAUUCAAUUGCGUUAAUGCAGCAUAAGCAAACGAGUGCGCUUUAUUAUAAGGUCACGUCAUCAAAAAAUUGUUGUUUAUAUUUUUUGUUCGCCAUCCGAAAAGUAUAAAUUCUCUAUUCGAAGCUUGUCAGUGGUAUGCAUCACAAUCUGGAAUGUGUGGCGUAUAGAUAACGAACAGAGCAACAACAACCACCAAAAAAAAAGAUUCAGUGAAUAAAAACCGAACGAAAAAAGGGAAGAUAGUCCGAGAAGAUGUGUGUGAGUGUGAGUGUUACAUGGGUUGUUAUGCAUUUUACACGAUUGACUGAUUGAUUGGUUUGCAUUCAAAUUCUUUGAAGCGAAAUCAAAUCGUUAGACGAAACGGUUUAAUCAACACAUAUACACACACCACCCACAUAACCGAUAAUAUAACAAAAUCAAUAGUUCAAAUUUGAUGGCAAUAAAUCGAGCGACAUUCGACCCCAUUUAACCCAAACACUCAUCAACGCUGACAGAUCAACAACAAUAUUGCCAAAGCAUGUGAAUUUACAAAAUUCACAUACAGAGAACCCGUUGAUACGACGCCGCUCCGCUCGAUACGCUUUGAUUUUCAGUUUUUUUUUUCGGCUCUGCAAUUAUAACACAACCAUUUAAUAAACAACAACUAAAUCAAAACGUAUUAAGAAAAUGCCUUGUGAAGCCUGUAACACACAAUUUACGGUUUUCAAACGAAAGAAAUCAUGUACUGAAUGCAGACGACUCUACUGCAGCAAUUGCCUCACCAAAAACAAGGAACGAAUUUUAUGUAAAAGAUGUGUCAUUUUUACAACACGUCCACUUUCAAAAAUUGAAUUACUCAAAUUAAAAGCAAAAGACUUGAUAUUCUAUUUACAAUCAAAGCAUAUUUCAACAACAGGAUGCGUUGAAAAAGAAGAAUUAGUGAAUUUGGUACUGAUUCACGUUGACAAUUCGAAUAGUUUUACGCCCGAUUCACAACAGUCGCAAACAUCAUUUUCAAUGGGAACCGAUCAAAGUGAUGACGCCCGAUCGACACCAUUCGAUCAAAUACGAAACACAUGUCAAAAUCUAUUUUCAACAUUCACCGAGAAAAUUGCAGCCGAUUUCAAUUUUGAUUUCAAGCAAAACCAAAGCGAUCGAUCAAAUGUGUGUGAAGAUCAGCCCCGAUAUAGUAAUAGUUUUCGAAAUGUAAAUUCGUUUAAUUCAAAUUCGAGCAUGAGUAAUAAUUCGACCACAUCGAAUAAUGGCUAUAUGAAACCCCAAAGACCCACAACAAUGCAAACCUCAGGCGUAAAUCAAUCGAGUCGUCGUCAAUCGUCAAAUGUUUUUUCCAAUAGUAAUAACAAUAGCACCGUGAUCGGUGGUCAACAUUGUCACACAAGUAAUUCACAAUCAUCACCAACGAUAACGGGCAAUUCGUCGAGUGCCAGUACACCGCCGUCGAUGUUAAAAUCCAUGUCAAGUGAUCAUUCAUUGUCUCGAAUAGCAACAACAACAGCAGCUGGUGCCGCCGCCGCUGCUGCUGCUGCCACUGCGGCGAAUGGUUCAAAAUCACCACAGCCAUCGUUAUCGACUGCAUCAAAGUCGACAAAAACAAAACCGACUUAUGUAAAAAUUGCCAAAUUGUCACAAGUUGAAUGUUGUAAUGAUGCCGGUUCGGGUUGUGAAUGUUCAGAUGAUGAAUUGAUUACGAAAUUCCGUCAAAGUUAUGCCGAUUCAUUGAGUCCGACUGCGCUAACUGUCACCGAUGAAAAAUCACAGUCAACCGAUAAUAAUAAAUCAGAUCAUUUAACGACGGCAUCGUCAUCGUCGUCGUCAUCAAGUAGUUCGGCAAAACCAACCGAACAUGCAUCGGACGCUGCACUAAAGGAGGAAGCAUCAGCCCUAGAAAGUUCGGAUAUUUCAUCGUUUGAAGAUUUAGGUGCGGUGGGUGCGACCAAUAUGGCCAAUGCAUUGUCUGCACCAAACGACACCGAUAAAUGGCAAAUUGUGAAUCCAACGUGGAAUAUCGAUGAUACCGCUUCAACCUCAUCUAUUAUAACCGAUGAUAAAAAUGAAACGGCGAACAGUAGUAGCAACGGUUGCGGCAGUGGCACUUCAUACACAACGAAUCUACCAAAUUCAAUUACGGAAUUACCUCAGGCGAAUACGAAUGAAAGCGAGAACCAAAGACAAACACCACACGAUGAAAUGACAGACAUAACAUUCCCGCAACAACAACAUUCCGCAACCAGUACGCAACAGCGAUCGACCACCGAAUUGCGUACAAAAUUGGAAAAGACAUUGAAAUCACGUCAAACACAUCGGAAAAUAACACGACGACAAUCCGAUGGUAUUGUUUAUACAGCAUCAACAAGCAAUUCAAAUAAUCGAACCGGACGAUUUCUGGACGAUGUUGAUGAUGACGAUGAGGAUUUUUCAAGCACCAGCGAAGAUGCAUCAUCACACAAACGCACCCAGAAAUCAUGCCGAAAAUGUGGCAAAACAAAAGGCGAUCUUAAGAAAUAUAUUGCACGAUUUCGACAUCAAUUGGAAACAACAACAACAUGUAGUGAAACGGAAAUUCGACAACAGUUGGACGCAUUUUUAGAAUUUUUGGAAAAUCAUAGCGCCAUGUUUGAUAGCAAAGACGAUGAAAGUAACACGGAACUCGUACAAAGUCCAUCACAAUUUGUAGCCGACGCCAUUGAAUUGGAAGAAUUUGACGAUGACGACUAUGAUGAUGAAGCUGGCAUUCAUGUAUAUGGUUCGAAUGAUGAUACAAAUACAACAGCACAUCCACCAAGACAAUUUUUCAAUUUGAAUACAGUAGAGAAAAAAGAGGAACUAGAAGAUUUAAGUGUGAAACAAUUGAAAGAAGUGCUCAUGUUGAAUCGUGUCGAUUUCAAGGGUUGCUGCGAAAAAAGCGAACUUCUCGAACGGGUUCAACGGCUGUGGGACGAUCUACAAAAUUGUCCGGCGGUCGACAAGUUGGCGACAGUGGAUCUGUGUAAAAUUUGUAUGGAUGCAGCGAUCGAAUGUGUUUUAUUGGAGUGUGGUCAUAUGGCAACGUGCACUAAUUGCGGCAAAGUUUUAAGUGAAUGCCCGAUAUGUCGGCAGUACAUCGUUCGUGUGGUGCGAUUUUUCAAAGCCUGAAAAAAUUAUUAAAAAUUUGUAAUUAGAGCGCCGAAAAAGGCGUCAAACAAAGCUCUCAUUGAGCUGUAAUCCAUUAGACAAAAAAAAUUACACAUAUUAGGCACUAAAACAAAAAUAAAUUCGAAAUGUAGAGCCAGUCCCCUCUGUCAAAAAAGGGACGCAUCACCAACAAAGCGAUUGUCCGUGUGUGAUAAGUGUUGAUUGUGAUGUUAAAAAAAAACGCAAACAAAAUGGAUAUCAUUUCAGAUAUCACUGAAAUGCAGCGGGCGGUUUGUGUAAAUUAAAGCAUAAAACAAUAGAAUAACAAAAGAAAAAGAGCAAAACAUUUGCUGCCGAAUGAAAAAAAGAAAUCAUGUUAUUUUCGUUGGUUUUCGAAACCGAAAAAUCGCUACGCUUGUUCAAAAUUCUCGAUUCAAAUUUAAUGAAAUAGAUUAAAGUACCCUAUUUAAACUACUUUUUUGCUAGAGAUAGAAAGGUAUAUUUUUAUUAGAACAAAUUUCAUUUUAUUGAUAUUCGUCACCGGUGCGGUGCGAAUCAAUUCCUUUUUUGUUUUGUUUUGUUGUUGAGUCAAACUUUUCAGACAUGAACAUUAUGAAUAUAUAGUUAAUUAUACAUAUAUAUAUAGAUAUAUUUUUUUUUUGCAAAAAAAACCAUUGAUCUUUCAACAUCGUCUUCUCAUUUUCAAUUUAAUUGUGAUUUGAAUUUACUAUCAAAUAAUCAACAAAAUCAACUUUAUUUUUCUCGAAGAAAUUUAAACACACAUACAUAACACAGUCAUUACAUAAGUAAAACUAAAACUAAUAAUUAAUGAAUGAAUAAAAAAAAAACAAAUGAAGCAUAAAACAUAGAGUUCCUUUUGUAUUUAAUGAUAAAAUAUUUAAUUGUAAAAAUUAUUAUGAAAUGAACAAAUUACGAUGAAAAAAAUGAACAGAACAGACCCGAACAGCUCGACAAUUUAUUUCAUUCAAGCUUAUUCAAGACAAAGCCACAAUACAACAUUUAGCAACAAAAAAAAUGAUGAAACAUUUAUAACAUUUUAUUUUUGUUUCCGUUUCUUGUCACUUAUUGUUUGUAUUUGAAAUAAAUAACCCAAA